ACGACUUUUAUUUAUUUGGACUUUUGCUCAUAUAUUGAAAAGUCGCUUUAUCUCUUUAUCGCCCUCAUCUUCAAUAUUUCAUCUCUUUCAUACAUUUUGUCACGUACAAUUACAAUUUAUUUUACACAACAUCGUUUGAUUCAUCAUUUUCUUAUCUAUGUAACAACAGAAAUUUUCUGCAUAAUCGAAAUCACUUACUAACACUGGUUUGCCGACAAAACAUAUGUUUAACAUUGAAGGCUAUUGAAAGCAGCCUCCAAAUGUUUAUAAUGUUGUUAUUGUAAUUUUAGAUUUUUUCAAAGAAAAUGUUUGUUUUGGCUGAACUUAAAGAUACUGUACGCAUAAGUCCUGAUCAAUUUAAUUUAAAACUAUUGGAAGCCGUACGAGAUGAAAUAAACCGUAAAUUGGCGAACAAGGUAUUGCUUAACGUUGGUUUAUGUAUAGCAUUAAAGGAUGUAGUCUCUUUGAAAGACUCUUUUAUAUUGCCGGGGGAUGGGGCGUCACAUACGGAGGUCGUGUUUCGUUACAUAGUGUUCCGGCCGCCCGUGGGAAAUGUGCUGACGGGUAAAAUACGCAGUUGCAGCCAUGAGGGUGUGCAUGUGACGUUAGGAUUUUUCGAUGAUAUUCUAAUACCACCAACAGCUCUGCAGCAUCCGUCACGUUUUGAUGAAACUGAACGUGCUUGGGUCUGGGAGUAUCCUUUAGAUGAUGGCGGUAAACAUGAUCUUUUCAUGGACAUAGGAGAGCCCAUAAAGUUUCGCGUCUCGCGUGAAAUAUUUGAGGAAAGUUCACCAAUAGGGCCACCUAAAAAUGAAACACUACAACCGGGAACAUCAGCUCAAGGUUGUACUUCAGCAGCUCAACAAACAAAUGAAGCUAGAACUCCAUAUAAGAUUAUAGCUGCUAUUAACGAAUCGGGAUUGGGUGUUUUGUCGUGGUGGGAUCAGCAACAGCAAGCCGAGGAAACAAACAAUGAAGAAGAAGCAGAGGAAAAUAACGUAGAUUAUGAUAAUGAUGAGAAUGGUGAAGGCGCUUACGAAGAAUGAUGGUUAAUAAUUAAAUAAAAAACAAAAGAAAAGUUCUUUUCGAAUCGAAUCCACUCUUUGUAUCAAGUUCCAGCUUGUUUCGUUUCGAAUAAAUUGAAGUAUUAAUUUGAUCGACAUCCAAAAAAUGCAAACUUCUUCAGAUAUCCUUCCAAAUGCGCCAUUCUCGUCAUAAAUCUAUUUGUUUUCGCUAUUAUCUCAUUAAAUAUAAAUUUUUUUUAGUUUUUACUUUAGCUUUUAGAAAGCCACGUUCAUGGUGAGAUGAAUUGAUUUGUAACCCAUCAACUCAAAGCAAACAUAAAAGCUCCAAAGCGUUUCGUUAUUUUUUCAGGCAUCGUUUUGGUCAUACUUAGAUCAUUAUCUGCUAUCAGCAGAUCUAUCAGUUAUAGUUUGUUGAUGCAGGCAAAAGUGCUGAGUGGAUGAAGUCCUCUUUCGCUGCGAGCUUAUUUAUAGUCAUCAAACAAGACGCACAUGAGUUCAGCGACAUUUUUUGUAAUCGAGUGCGAACGCGAUAGAGAAUACUACAUUAUUGGAUCAUAUCGCACACAUUCAAUCGGUUCCCUAAUGCGAACCUCAGCGCAAUUUUUCGAUUAUGAAUAUAAAAAUGCUAAUAUAUUGUAAAUAUAACAUAGCGUAUUCAAUGUUGUGACGAUAAAAUGUAAAUUUCUAUUUUUAUAGUCUAUCUAUGCUUUUGCAAAGCAGAAUUUUAUGGAAUUAACGAGUGUAGUCAAAUUAGAAAAAAAAAAAAUCUAAAAUCAUUAUAGUGGACCAGGAGAGAUCGUUAGAUACACCUGCUCCACAGCUAUUCGCAUGACGACUUCUCAAGAUACUGCCUUUUAUAUGGCAAAUGAUCAGAUUCGAACCAUUUUCAAUAGCAUUCAUAUUCGGGCUGUAACAUGUUAUCAAAAUGUCUUGAAAAUUGUGGCCUUUAGGUGAAACACAAGAAAAAAGGAAAGCUUAAAAGGAUUCAGGAAUUGAUUCUUAUCGGUAUAGUAAGAAGUGGGUCGUUCCAUACGCUCAAACUUAAUAUAGCCUUAUAUACUACAAGUGGUGUGUAGGGUAUAAAAACCUAACAAUUGUUAUGAAUCAUUGUUUUGCAAGCUGCUUACACGCCGUCCGUCAAGAUUAUAGCGUUGGCGGACCUCCGCAAAGAAAAAAUCGCCAACCGUGCAUAAGUGAUUAUCGAAAUCAAAUCAAAGCAAUAGGCUUUUAAUUUAGCGAAUAAAUGUUAUUACGAUUUGGAAUCGAGAUGUUCGGCACUCUUGCCUUUGUUUCCACCAUUUUCGAUUUAAAACCACGACAACUUCAGCAUUUUUUUUUACAAUAUUUUUAUUUACGUUAAAAUUUUUAUAU